CGGUAUAAAGACAAGCCAUAAUUGAGAGAGAUUUGUGAAGUGAUUUGGGAAUGCAUGGAAUCCCCUGCAAUGGACACCCCACCAAUGAGAUUUCAGGGAAUAGGAUGGCGUUGAAAACUCCAGCCAAUCAACGCCCAUAGACACCAAUUUUGUAGGCCCCAAAAAGCGCAACAUCCCCUCGUGACCCUCAGCCCCCACUUGGGGGUUAAAAGGCUUUUAUUUAGUCUACUCCACUGGCUACGCCAAUAAUUGACAAACCCCACUUCGGCUAUGCUGCGAAGCGAGAGGAAGGCAGCGGCGGAGGCUGCGGCGGCGGCGGCGGCGAUGAUGGGAGGGAGGACGGCGCGUGUAUGCGAUGCUUGUUUAUGCAAAAGGGCGCAUUGGUUUUGUGCGGCGGAUGAUGCUUUCCUUUGUCAAGCUUGUGAUGUGUCGGUCCAUUCAGCUAAUCAGCUUGCGAGAAGACACGACCGAAUUCGGUUGGAAACGUCGUCGUUGAAGUCCAUUCAUCAAGGCCAAGCUCAAUCUCAAUCUCAACCUCAUCUCCCUCCAUGGCUUAAGGGCUUUACUCGUAAGGCUAGAACUCCACGACCCAACAAACCAAUUUCUUCAACUAAAGCUUCCGUUUUUUCUCUUGUUCCUGAGAUUAGCACUGAUGAAGGGUUCUCAAUUGACGACAACGAAGACGAACACCGCCAAUUUCAUCAUCAUCAUCAUCAUCAUCAUCAACAAGUUCCCGUGUUUGAUCCAUUAUUCGACGACGAAAAAUUCUCACUAACCCACGAAUUGGACGAUUUUGGAGAUGGGUUUUUGCCGUCGGAGGUCGAUCUUGCGGAAUUCGUAGCGAACGUAGAGAAUUUGUUAGUAGGACAAGAACAAGAACAAGAACAAGAAUACGAUCGAACUACAAUGCUUAAGGUCAAAGAUGAAAAAGAAGAAGAAGAAGAAGAAUUAGUACAAGAUUGGAAUUUUAAAGGGGAGGAAAUUGAAGAGGAAGAGAUCAAUAAGGUGGAGGAUGAAGUGAAGAAGAAGAUCAAGAAGAAGAACAUAUUCUUGAGGCUAAAUUACGAUGCGAUUAUUACCGCUUGGGACACUCAAUCUUCUCCAUAUACUACAGGAGAUCGGCCGGAAUUCGAGCUGGAUGAUUGUUGGGAGGAGGAAUGGGGUUUGCAUGAAAAUGGAGAGAGAGGAGGAUGGAGAAACGAUGGGGAAAGGGAGGCGAGAGUGUCGAGGUACAGAGAGAAGCGAAGAACACGGCUGUUUUCGAAGAAAAUAAGGUACCAAGUGAGGAAGCUCAACGCUGAGAAGAGACCAAGAAUGAAAGGUCGGUUUGUGAAGAGAACAGCAACACCAUCGUGUUAAAUCUUUUUUGUGGUCUCCAUCUGUGGAAGCUUCUUUGGUUUGGUUACUGCAAAUUUUUUGGAAGCUUUGGAUUUUAGGGUAUAAGAAUGAUUGUAACAUAAUAGUACUUUGAUGGAACGAACUUGUUUAGAUUACAAGUUCCUUUCUCUUUCUCUUUCUCUUUCUACAACAAGUGUGAGGGAGUGACAAUAUUAAAAGGACCUCCUUCUGCUCUAUCUCUUUCUAUUUUUCUUAAUAAACUUAUUUUCUUAUUCUU